UGAGAUUUUCCUUUAAUAUAUAUGCUGGUUCAAACACUAAAUAACGUUUAUAAAUCAUAGUCGUCUUCUAUUAUUAUCAAAUAAAUAAAAGAGAGCAAAGUUUCUAGCACUAAAAUAAUGACCACCACAGGAAGUUAAUUUGAAACGCGAUUUUUUAUAAGUUAGCAGCUAUUAUCAUGCAUAUUCAGAGUUGUUUUGUGAACUUUCAACAUUCUACUAUUAAACUACAAAAAAUGGAAGAUUUUGCAACGAAUAUAAAACUUAUAUUGAGCGUCGAAAGAUUUUCCCGGUUUUUUCCCGAUUCGCCUGUCAAUCCCUAAUCGCCCCAUUUUACCGGUAUUGUCACAUGUUUGAGGGACGAUACAUGCUGUCUUGUACUGUUUACAUUUUUACAAUUUCAUAACCUUAGAUGUGUAUACUGGAAAUAUGUAUUAGAUAAAUAAUUCUAUAUAAAAAUGGUGAAACGAAAAAAUGUCUCAAUUUCCGAAGACGACGGGGAAAGUGGAUUGAUUAAUGAAAAUGGAAAAGUAAUUUUUGAAGACAAGGAAAAGAAGAAACGUAUAAAAACAAAAAGCUUAUAUCGACAGCCCACUGUGAAUGAACUGAAUCGGCUCCAGGAGACGGAGACUUUGUUUAACUCUAAUUUGUUCCGACUGCAGGUAGAGGAAAUACUACAGGAGGUUAAAGUUAAAGAGAAAGUUGAAAAACGGUUUCUACAAUGGUUCACAGACUUUAAGAACCACUUAGACAGUAUACCUACGGAUGAUACAGAGUAUGACUUAACUGAACACACAUUAACAAAAAAAAUUAAAGUCAAACUACCUAUCAGUGAAGAAUUGAAGAAGACAAAAUGCGUCUUCAAAUUUCAUAAGUUUGAAACUGUUGAUAUUGUUGGAUCUUACGCAUUAGGAUGUGCGAUUAAUUCGAAAUUAGUAGUUGACUUACAGAUUACUGUACCGUCACAAACAUAUACCAAGAAUGACUCAAUUAAUUACAGAUAUCACAAAAAACGUGCAGCCUACUUAGCUUAUAUAGCAUCUUAUUUGUCCAAAAGCGAUAUAAUUGUAGAUUUAAAUUAUUCAUUCAUUAAUGGGUGCGAAACAAAACCUAUAUUAAUAUUAAAACCAGCCGGUAAACUGCAAAACCAUUUAUCGGUUCGAAUAAAUUUAGUAUGUGACACUGACACAUUUAAGUUACAUAGAUUCAGCCCUAAACGGAACAAUUUACGGCAAUCUUGGUUGUUCUCGACAACAGAAAGUGAAGAAACUGAUUCCCCAACACCAUAUUACAAUAGCAGCAUAUUAUAUGACGUUACAGCUUUAAAUAACGAAAAGCUGUUGAGAGAUACUUUACUGAACAGUGAGAAUUUGAAGCAGGCUGUGGUGCUACUGAAGAUUUGGUUGCGUCAAAGAAACAUACCUAUUUCAGGCCAAAUAGUUAAUAACAUUGUUGUAUAUUACGUGCAAACAAAAAGAGUAAAUAACAUCAUGAGCAGUUAUCAGAUUGUAAGGAAUAUUUGGAUAGCAUUGAAAACAUCAGAAUGGGACAAGAAAGGUAUCUCACUAUGCAAAGCCGCAGAUGCUACUCCAUCCCUUGAAGAAUUCCACCAAAAUUUUCCUAUAGUAUUUAUAGACAGCACAGGAUACUACAAUAUAUGCUGGCAAAUUUGUAAAGGGACAUAUUACGCACUGAAGAGAGAAUGUGCCUUAGCUGUGGAAAUGCUUGAUAAUGUGAAAAUAAAUAGUUUUAUACCACUGUUUAUGACACCAGUUAAAAUGCUCAUGAAAUUUGAUCAUAUAUUGAGAUUUAAAAAUAUGGAACUUCUUAAAACAUCAGUCCUUGAUAAAGUAUCGAAGGAUGACAAAUUAAAUUAUGGCUUGGAUCGACUCAUGCUUGUCACGGACACAGUGUAUUCAUUACUUGCUAAAGGACUCGGGGAUAGAGUUCAUUUGAUACUGCAGAUGGUAGAAGCUGACUUCACAUGGCCUGUAAAGAAAGUAUUGAGUGCAGCUAAAACUGACAGCUGUUAUGAAGAAAAAUUAGCAUUUGGUCUGAUAUUGAAUAAAGAUAAUGCUUUAAAUCCUGUUGAAAAAGGUCCCCCGGCCAAUUUGCCUGAAGCAUUGGAAUUUAGGGCGUUCUGGGGAGACAAAUCCGAACUACGUCGGUUCCAAGACGGCUCUAUAACCGAGACCUGCGUGUGGGAAGGAGAGGCCACAGCAGAAAGGAGAGGCAUCACUAAACAGAUAAUUAACUAUCUAAUGGAUUUGAAGUAUGGUGUGAAAGGUUCAGAUUUGUUUCACGUGAUGGAUCAACUGGACAGCGUGCUGGUCCGCAAGCAGUACGCCGGGGAGUCCAGCGCCCAUUGCGAAGAAGCCUGCCUCGAUGUGCUCAGAGCAUUCGACGAGCUCAGGAGGGACCUCAGGCAGCUCACCGAGCUGCCCUUGGACAUCAGUGCUGUUUACGGCACGUCGUCAGUGUUCAGCUACAGCAGGCCGGUGCCCCCGGUGGCCCGGCCCGCGCCCCGCCAGCCCUACCGGCGCGCCGGGGCCUGUCUGCUGAAGCAGGCCAGCAGGAGGGACGGGCUGCCCUCGCUGCCGCACUACACGCCCGUCUCCAGAGCCGUCAUCGAACUUGGACACAGCGGCAAGUGGCCCGGCGACAUUGAAGCCUUCCGCUGCCUGAAAGCCGCCUUCCACCUCCAGAUAUCCGACCGCCUCACCGAGCAGUACUCGUUGAUAACGCACGCGUAUCCCUCCCACGUGGACGUGCUGAAGAACGGCCUGGUCUUCCGCUUGGCCAUCGCUCAUCCCAAAGAAAUAACUCUUCUGAAGAGGGAGAUAGAAAACGGAGUGGUGAAGCACAAGGACAGCGAGGAGAGUGCGCGGCUGCAGAGGGACACGCAGCUGAUGCCGCGGCUCAGGGGCGCUCUGCACGGGUUGCACCAGAAGUACCCGGCCUUCGGUCCGACGGCGUGUCUGUUCAAGCGCUGGCUGUCCUCCCACCUGCUCUCCCCCCCGCACUUCCCCUCCGUGACGGCGGAGCUGAUGGCGGCGACCGUGUUCCUCCACCCCCAACCCUUCACGCCCCCCACUCAACCCACCAUCGGCCUGUUCCGGGUCCUAAGGCUGCUGGCUGCAACCGACUGGACGAGCGAGGUCUUCGUGCUGGACUUCAAUGAUGAUCUGACCCGUGAACAGAUAACAGAGUUGGAGCAGGCGGCUCGCGCCGACCCGCGCGGUCGGAGCGUGUGCAUAGUGACGGCACAGGAGCGCGAGGUGGGACUCGCGUGCGAGCCCGGGCCUCCGCCCCCGGCGCUCCGCAGGGCGCAGGCGCUGGCCGCGAGCGCCCUCGCCUACCUCGAGAACAGCCUGCUCAAUGAAUUCAAUGACAAUCUGCUUCCCAUGUUCGUCCCGAGUCUGUCGGAGUACGACGUGCAGAUCGUGCUGCACCCCAGCCUGGUCCCCGAGUGGGCGGAGCGGGUGUGCGCCCCCCCGCGCCGCCGCCCCCCCACACCGCACGUGGGGGACGAGCUCAUACCGGUCGUGGACUUCCAUCCCGUGCUCACAUACCUGGAUGACUUGAGGAGCGCCUACGGUGACUUCGCUGUGUUCUUCCACGACCUGUACGGCGGCGAGGUUAUCGCUGUCUUGUGGAAGCCCGAUGUCGACGAGUACGAAGAUUUCCAGGCUCUGAACGCGAACGCUUUAAUACCGGAGACAGUGGACGGCGAGACGAGAUACAAAGUGAACAAAGAAGCUAUAAUUGAGGACUUUAGAAUCCUAGGACAAGGCCUGGUCAAGAGUGUUAAUGUUUUGUGAUUGUAUUGGACUCGAAUACAGAUUUUUAAUA